AUGCCAUCAGCGACUAUGCAAAUGCAGUCCAUCUCGGGCAUCAUUACCCAAAUACACCUUACAUCAGGCGAGGCACCACCACCACUCGUUGGGGCUUCAGUGACAGUAGUGGAUGAUCGAGUAUUUGUGUUUGCAGGACGACUCGUGAGCUCUCGUAAGAUGACGAAUUAUAUGUAUGUCCUCGACCUCAAUACACUCCAAUGGACGCGACAUAUCCCUCCACCUGAUUCGGCCAAACCACCCAAGCCUCGCUACUUUCAUUCGGCAGAUGUGCACAAGAAGACCAUUGUGGUGUUUGGUGGCAUGGGCUAUUCACGUACUUCCACCGAUGGCUUAUGUGUAUUGGAUGAUGUCUCGGUCUUUGAUGUUGAAACGAUGUCCUGGAGGAAGCCUACAGUGGAGCCAUCAUUAUUUGCACCAAGGCCAAGGUAUGCUCAUUUGUCGACCGUGGCGGGUGACAAGUUAGUCGUGAUGGGUGGUCAAGAUAUGAACAACGGCUAUUUGGGAGAAAUCAAUGUUCUCGACUUGAAUGCAUGGGAAUGGGUACACGCCAAAUCGUUUGACAAGCACGUGGGAGCUUAUCGUUCGAUUGCUAUCACUGGUCCACCUGGUACUCGAUUGCCUGCCAUCCUCAAGGAAAACAUGACCAAGUCAUCCAAUGAAGAUCCUUCCUCUGCUAACCAGAAUGGUGGUACUGCUGAUACGACACCAACAGGAGAUUCAACUACAGCGGAGGGUGAAUGGAAUGAUCCAAUCUACUUGUACACCAACUACAACUUUGCCGAUGUCAAACGCGAGUUGCAAUUAAUCUUGUCACCAGGAGAAGCAUCAUCUGCAGUAGAGGAUUGCUCCAAUUACAUGACAGGAUCAGCAAUGCCACCAGGAUUACGAUUUCCCACGGGUCAUACUUUGGGCCAUCAUUUGGUCUUAGCAGGCACCUAUCUCUCACCGCAAACACAAUCAUUCUCCAUUUGGGCACUCGAUCUUGGUACUUUGACAUGGUCACGUAUUGAAACAGGCUCCGUAUUCAAUACAGGAUCAUGGAAUCGUGGCGUACUUCAUGCACCCUCCAAUCGAUUUGUGGUGUUUGGACAUCGAGGACGCAAUUUACUUGAAGAUUACAAUCACCGCCAAGUCAAUUUCGAGCACGUGGCUAUGGUCGACAUGGAAGCAUUUGGCGUGUAUCAUUUACCUGAACCCACAUGUUCACCACUUGCACAAGAAAUGGGUCUCAGCCUUCUCAAUGAACCAGCUCUUUGCGACUUUAAAAUCAUCACCAAUGAAAACAACAGCAUUCCAGUCAAUUCAGCCGUUCUUGCGAAUCGUUGGCCUUAUUUUGCUCGUCUCAUGGAAGAUAAUCGUGCUUCGAAUUUAAUGCCACCUCCACCACCAUCGUUGACAGUGGAUGAUGAAAAGACCCAACAGGAUGGCAUUAUUGAAGAACAACCAACAUCAGCCACUCUCAAGACGCAUGCCAUGUUAUUCCCAUACCCAUAUCACGUGGUGAUCGCUUUAUUGCAAUAUCUGUACACUGACAACUUGCUUACAGCUCAGCAAUAUCAGCCUCAUAUUCUAUCCCAAUUGCUCUUGUUGGCUGACAUGUAUGAUUUGACGAGAUUACGGGAGCUAGCAACACAUGCAUUGCAUCAAAUGCUCAACAUGUCUACAGCACCAUUGAUCUUUGAAACAGCAGCAUUGUCACACCAAACUAGCCUGCAGGUACGGGCUCUCAAGAUGAUGAUUGCAGCUAAAAAGAUGAUCCAACAACAACAGCAACAACAACAGCAACAGCAAUCAGUGAGCACGCCAUUAUCUUCAAGAGAUGGUACAUUUUCAAUGUACGCUGAAUCAACAAGUGGCAGCAGCGGUGGCGGUGGCGGUGGUGGAUUACCAGCUUCUCUUUAUAGCAGAUCACCUUCGGUCUCUUCUUCAGCAGCUUAUCAUCAUCAUCCACAACAACAGCAACCACCUAUGGAAUCACCCAUGUCAGCCAUGUUUGAUACAGGCAAUAAUCGUUUCCCACCACCAUCAUCAAGGAAUCGUACACCAUCACUUCCACAGUCGCCUCCACCACCUAUGCGUUCAUCCACUGCACCCAAUACACCAUUGUAUAGUGAUCCUCGUCGACCAAGCAAUGCAAUGAGUCCUCCCCUUGCACCUCGUCACGGUGGUCUUUCAUCAGCAGCGCCUGAUAAUAAUGGAUGGUCUCCUCAACCAAGUAAAUCCCAACGUAGCAAAAAAGAAGCACUCGCCAAAGAAAGCAAGAAAAGCAGCUCCAAAGAAAACAAGACUUUCAAGUUCUCCCUCAGCUUUCAAUAA